AUGAGAGGAGAUAAAUUGGAUUUGUUGUAUGUCUACAAUGACUAUAGUAUAAACAACUUGUUAGAAGAACAUGGUAAGAGUAAAAAUCAUGACAGAAGUGUAUUAAAAGACUAUGAAUCGAAUGAUAAAACGCAUGAAACACAUAAAACAUCUAAAACGCACAAAACACCCAGAGCACUCAAAACAUACCAACAUAAUGAUAUUAUGUAUGAGAAUAGUAGUAAGGAAAAAAAGAGGACCUAUGAAAGGAGAAAUGGUGUGCAAAAGAGAAUAGCUGAAAUGUGUAAGCAUAAAAACAAAAUUAACAUAAAUUAUAUAUAUAAAAAGCAAGUAGUUCGACUGAAAAAAGAAAAAUAUAGUAAGCUAUACAGCUCAAGAAAAGAAAAUUUUGAUCCAAAUGAAGCUCUUCCAACAAUGAAAUGUUAUGACUCUACAGAGUGUUACAACGAUGAAGCAUUAUUAUAUGCAAGUAGGAGAGAUAUACCAGUUAAUCUAUUAUCUAAAUUAAAGGAUAACAUAAGAUUGUAUAAAAAUUCAGAAGAAUAUAAAAAUUUUCGAAAAAAUUUAAUCAACGAUGAGAAGGUUGGUAAAAGCAAAAUGUACACUUUUAAGAAUGAGGAUUUACAAAAUUUUUUAUGUGAAGGUUCACAUUUUUUUCAGCGAAGAAUAGAAAAGGUAGAAGGGGGAAACAAUGUAAAUAAGAAUAAUUUUAAAUAUGAACCCAAAAAAAAAAAAAGUGUUAUAAAAAACGUUAUAGAUACAUGUAUGAAUAAUGUGGAGAAUUCGGAAAAUUGCUCUGUAAAUGAAUCAUUACUAUGUGUUAAUGAACAGGAUAUGCUUAUACAGAAGAUCAUACAACAGGGUCACAAAUAUGUAGAAGAGAAACCCACAAAAAACAUCAAUUUGAAUUUAUAUAAAAAUCAUGAUUCGUUUCCAUCUGAUAAAUUUUUAAGAUAUCCUCAUUUUGCAAUACAACCGGAAUAUUAUAAACCCAAUGGAAUAAAUAAAGAAGAUAAUUUAUACAAAGCUCAAAAUGUUAGUACAAAUAAUGGGGAAGCGUCAAUCAUGCAUCAAGAGGAUGAUCCAAAAAGGAUGAAAAAAGAAAAAAAUAAUAUGCACAUUACUGAUUGUGCAGGGGAAAGGACAAAAAUUGACACUCAAGAGGAAAACUCAUUUUGUAAAAAAUUGGUAGCAAAAAGCGCACAUAGUGAAACAGAAGAAGAGAGUAUGAUAGAUAAAGCGCAUGAUGAAUUGAAUCAGAUGAAGGGUAAUAAUAACAGACUGUUCAAAAGCAUGUACAAUAAUAUUAAAAAAAAACAUAGUCAUUCAUCCAGGCAUGGAAAUAAGGAGAAUAAAUGGAAUGGUAAAAAAUAUAUAUAUUACAAAAUUUUGUAUAAAAACAUGUGUAAAAAUAUGUACAAACGGUUGUAUAAAAAUGUAUGCAAUAAAAGUAUUCGGAAGAAUUAUAUCACCGAUUCGCCUCACAAGUUACACAGGAGCUAUGAACAUAAAUUGGUUAAGAAGUGCUACGGUAAUGAUGACUAUAAUGAUGAUGGUGCCGAUUACGAUGACUGUUUAAACCGAUGGGUAUUUGAAAAGGAAAAUCAGGAGAAGAAAGAACUCAUUACAGCAUCAUUAGCAUGUUCGAAUGAAUUAUGUAAUUAUAAAACGAGCAAAAAGGUUAACAAAGAAGGCAUUAAAAAAAAAAAAAUUUUUGCAAAUGAAAAAAAGGAAACAGUAUUAAAUGAUCAUAACAGGUGUAAUAUGUACACACUUUCAAAUGACCACAGUAACUCGUCUUUAUUACGCAAGAGUGACGAUAAUGAAAACGAUGAUAAAAAUGAUGAUGCAAAUGAUGAUAAAAAUGAUGAUGCAAAUGAUGAUAAAAAUGAUGAUAAAAAUGAUGAUGCAAAUAGCCAUUUUAAUAGUGGAGAAAAUGAUGAUGAAAAAAGGGAAGAGCACGAAGGAUGUGAAAAGGAAAAAUAUAACAAUUUCAUUAUUCAGGAUGAUAACAAAAUAAAUAAUUAUUUUAAAUAUAAAAAAAAUAUGGUAAAAUCAUGUGACUGUUUAAAUUAUAAUUGUAAUAAGGAAAAUUUUUUUUUUGAGAUUUUAAAAAAUAGCGAAAAAAAAAAAAAAAAAAAUUUUGUCGGUAAAAUUAUCAAUAAUAAUAAUAAUGCACUAGAGGUGAAAACUGUUUUUUCAACACAGCAAAAAAAUGAUGAGGCGGCCACUGAUAAGUCUUCGAAAUUUAUAACCGUAGAAAAGAAAGAAGAAAAGAAUCUUCAUCGUCCUUUUGCUAGCAAGAAUUGUAACAAUAACGGUAAUAAUAAUAAUAAUAGUAGUAGUAAUUAUAAUAUUUGUAGUGAUAAAAAUAUUUGUAGUGAUAAAAAUAUUUGUGGUGAUAAAAAUAUUUGUAAUAAUAAUAUUUGUAAUAAUAAUAUUUGUAGUAAUAAUAAUUAUAACAUUAAUAAUAUUUGUAAUAAUAAUAUUUGUAAUAAUAAUAUUUGUAAUAAUAAUAUUUGUAAUAAUAAUAUUUGUAAUAAUAAUAUUUGUAGUAAUAAUAUUUGUAGUAAUAAUAUUUGUAGUAAUAAUAAUUAUAACAUUAAUAAUAUUAGUGAUAGUAAUAAUAAUAACAGCAAUUGUACUUUUAAAAAGAGCAGCACCGUUAACUUCAACUGUAGCUGUAGCCGUAGUAGUAACAGUAGUAACUGUUAUUUCUCCUUCCGCAGCGACAAGUACAAUAAUGUGCGUACGAGUAAACAUUUUACUGAUAAUAACGAUGUGAAAAAAAAGGAAGGCUGCUGCAGUAGUAGUAGCGGUAAUAACAGCGGUAGUGUUAUCGACAGUGUUAGCAAUAAUAGCAGGGGUGUAGACACUUUUCUGAAUAGUUCAUAUUCAAAUGCUGAUGAAAAACUGGGGUUACACGGCCCAUCAGUAGAAGAACAAAAUUUCACGUACAAUAACCACAAAGGAAGCAACAGUAAUUCGUUUAAUAUGUUAAAAAAAAAAAAAUGUUCAUAUAGUAAAGAAAAUAAAAAUAUUGAAAAAGGGGUAAAUGACAAAGAAAUUUAUAUGUUCAACAAGAACGGAAAUCAUAGUUGUAACAUAAUAAAGAACUAUAAUUGCAAAGAAAUAUCGAUGAAGAAUGAAAAGGAAAGAUGUGUUCAACAUGUGGCCAUCAAAAAUAAAGAAAAAGUUAUUCAACCAAAGAAACGGGAUAGCAGAAGUGUAAAAAGUUCCUAUGAUGCGGAUGAAGUGGAUGAUGCGGAUGAAGUGGAUGAUGCGGAUGAAGUGGAUGUUGCGGAUGAAGUGGAUGAUGCGGAUUGUAUGAAAAGAAACACUUCUUUUAGUAGUGCAGAAGACAGAAGCGACGAUGAAGUGAACUUCAUCAGCAAUAAGGAUAACGAGUUGAACAGCUUUGAUGUAGCUGGCGAAUGGGAACGUGUAUAUAAUAACGAGGAGAACGCUCACGGGAGUAAUGAUAUUAUUGCUAAAGAUGUGGAAGAAAUGAGAAUUAAUAAACUGUUCUUUGAAGAUAUUUGCAUAUUCAGGAUAAAUGAAAAGAAUGAUCCUAGCUUUAAUGGUAAUUGUAAUGGUAGUAGUCGUGGUAGCCAUCGGGGUAGUACCAUCAUGUGCAGUAAUGACAUGUUUGAUUAUUACCAUAACAAAGGAGUAUAUCCGAAGCAUUUGAUUCAUAAUAAUUGCAUGAACAAUAUAGAUAUAACCAAAUUAGAGUUAAACAAGAAAUUGUAUAAACAUAUUAAUGAUGAAGUGCAGAAUUUGAUGAAGAAGGAAGACAUGUAUGAACUUGAAAUGAACGUGGGUCUUGUGUUUAGAAAAUACAUUUCGGUAAUAAUAAAUUUGUUGUGUAAUUAUUUACUUAUUAAAAAAAAUGAAAAAAAUGUGAUAACAUGUAUAUCUUAUAGUAAUAUACGGGAAAUUAAUAUCGUUAAGAAGAGCAAGAAGAAGAAGAAAAAUACCUAUUUAUUUAAACUAGUAUAUGUAUUUAAAAAAAAAGAGCAACAGUCAGAAAAGAAUGUUACUCUGUUAUUUAAAUCAAAUCAAAUGGAAGUAUAUGAAAAGAUACAAAGUAAACUACAAUCUAGUGAGACAAAGAAGCAGGAUAAAAAUAAAGAGUAUUUAGAUAUAGAAACAGUGUACAGUUAUAUGGUUGAUAAGUAUAAAAAAGUGUAUGUUUUAUAUUUAAGCCAUUUAUUACAAGUAUGUGAGAGAACAUUAAGAAAAUUUGCCUUAAGGUGUUCAUAUCACAGAUGGAAAAUUAGCUAUAACUAUGAUAUAAGAGUCGAAGAAAUGAAAAAAACAAGGAUUAGAUUAAUACAAGGAAUUACAGACAAAUUAGAAUUUUAUCUAAAAAAAUAUGUACAAAAUUAUUUGAAUUUCAUGCUAAUAAGGAGUUAUGAAACGAGUUUUAUAAAUUACCAAGUGAAAACAAACGAUAUGUUGUUUAACAUGAUUAUUAAGGAAAAAAUUGUAUAUAAAGAAAAUUUAGAAAAACAAAGUUUUUUAUUAUUAUUUAAUGUAUUAUCUAGUUUAUAUAAAAGUAGGAUGACUAAUUAUUUUAGAUGUUUUAUACUUAACAAUGGAAUGUUAAGUAAAAGGAAAAAGGCUUUUUCCUAUGCAUUAACGCAUGUGAAUAGUAUUUUAGUACAAUACAAUAAUAGAAUCAUCUCAUUUGUAAUAUCAAAAUUAAAAUUUAAUUAUGACCAUGUAACUUAUUUUUCAUUUAUUAUGUAUAAAAUUUAUUUGAGAAGGAUUUUUAUCGGCUACAUACGAUUGAGGGAUAUGCGAUUAGGUAAGAAAAUGGUAAUAGAAAAAAAUGUAUACAAACUAAUUAAGAUUAUAACAAGAGUAGUUGAAAGUGAAAAAUAUUACGCUUUUUUAAAAAUUCAAAAAUUUAUUUUUGAUGAAAAAGAGAAAAGAAAUAAACUUAUAUGUGAUAACUUAAUGUUUGCAAAUAAUGAACUAUGUAAUAAUUUAGAUAAUGUAACAAUUGAAAAAGGAAUAAACAAAUUAGAAUGCAUUUACAAAUUUAAGAAAAAAGAAUAUUUAGUAAAGCAUUUUUAUACCUUAAAAGGACCACAACUUAAUUCUUCCCAUUUUAAUCAUUCUUUAAAAUAUUGUUCUAUUUUUGUAUUCAUAUUAAAUAAAAUACUUCAACGGAAAAUGCAAGAUCUUUUUUUCUUUUUUGUCCUAAAAUGUUUUCAAAAUAAUAAUAAAAGUAGACUUAUCUAUGCUAUGAAAAAUUUAGAAUUGUUAAUGAUUUAUAAGGAAAAAACGUAUAUCCUCAACUUACUAAAAUUGUAUGAUCAAUACCCCUACCUCUUUAAGUAUAAUCAUUUAACGAAGAUUGAAAUUUUUGCCAUAUCCAUUCACAAUUUUAUCAACUUUUGCAAUAGAAAAUUGUUGUUGAACUUUUUGUUAAAAUUGCAUUAUUUGAAAUAUCAAGAACAGGUUAUUAAUGCAUACACGUGUAUUGGAAACUUAUACAAGUUUGUGCAUACUGCCAACAGGCAAAUACAGUCUCGGUUGAGGCAUUCUUUCCACCUACUCCUACAGCACGCGCACAUGGCACAAGUGAGCCAGCAAGAGGUGAGCCAACAGGAAGAGACUCUACAAUAUGGUACAGCAAAACAUGCCAAACCGCAAAAUGCACAUAUGAAGAAUAACAAAAUCAUGAUGAAGGAAAAAUGCAAAACAAAAAAAACUAAACUAAAAUUAAACUAUAAUAAAUCUCCGUCCUUACCUCCCUUAUACCAAUUUAAAAAUGAGGACCCCAUUUCAUCUGACCCCCUAAAUCUAAUCAAAAAAUACCCCUACUUAUUUUACCACUCCAGUAUAUCACCAGCUCGUACCGCAAUGACAAAUGAUAAAUUGUCUUUGCCGUCAAGUGACUCUGUGUCCAACAUUUUUUCGUACGCUUAUGAAGACAUGGACAAAAUUAAAAGAAAAAUAUAUGAUUUCAACACCAGAAUUAAUGACGUUAAUUUAUAG